AUGGCGGCCUCCACCAGAAUUCCUUCUCUCAUCCAGCCGUUCGUUAGCGAGCGCGCCAGAAAGACCCUGGAUAUCGUUGAAGAAUUCGUCGAGAAAGAAUGUAUCCCGAGAGACACCCUCUUCCAGGCUCAGCUAGGCGAAGGCCAGGCCAGAUUCACCAAGCACCCCCCUGUCAUAGAGGAGCUCAAGGCUAAAGCGAAGAAACUUGGCCUAUGGAAUAUGUUCUUGCCGAAGAAUCACUUCAAGGAGGGUGCUGGCUUCAGCAACGUUGAGUAUGGAUUGAUGGCAGAGCUGCUCGGAAAGAGCCGAGUUGCCAGUGAGGCUACAAACAAUGCUGCUCCUGAUACUGGUAACAUGGAGGUUUUGGCCAAGUAUGGAAACGAGGCCCAAAAGAGAGAAUGGCUAGAUCCUCUGUUGGAAGGAAAGAUACGCUCCGGUUUCCUGAUGACCGAGCCAGAUAUUGCAUCAAGCGAUGCCACAAAUAUUAGACUUAAUAUCCGCCGCGAGGGUAACGAAUAUGUCCUUAACGGAGAGAAAUGGUGGUCUUCGGGUGUUGGUGAUCCAAGGUGCAAACUGUACCUUGUCAUGGGCAAAACUGACCCCAACAACCCAGAUCCGUACAAACAGCAAUCCGUUGUCCUAGUUCCUGCCGGAACCCCCGGUGUCACCAUCCAUAGAAUGUUGCAUGUCUACGGCUUUGAUGAUGCCCCUCACGGCCAUGGACAGGUUUCUUUCAAGGAUGUCCGGGUGCCUGUAUCCAACAUUAUCCUAGGAGAAGGCCGUGGUUUCGAAAUCAUCCAAGGCCGUCUGGGACCAGGACGUAUCCAUCACGCUAUGCGUGCACUAGGCGCAGCGGAACGAGCUCUAGAGUGGAUGAUUGCUCGUGCCAAUGAUGAAAAUAAGAAGCCAUUUGGCACCCCGCUCUCUUCUCACGGCGUCAUCCUUGAAUGGAUUGCCAGAUCGCGCCUUGAGAUUGACUCUGCUCGUUUGAUCGUUCUCAAUGCUGCAGCUCGCAUUGACAGCGCUGAUGCAAAGGCUGCACUCAAGGAGAUUGCUGAGGCAAAGGUGUUUGCACCUCAGGUAGCCCUCACGGUCAUCGACCGUGCCGUGCAGGCUCACGGCGCUAUGGGAGUGUGUCAGGAUACACCACUUGCCAGCAUGUGGGCAAACAUCCGCACUCUAAGGAUUGCUGAUGGCCCAGACGAAGUUCAUCUCCAGCAGAUGGGCAAGCGUGAGAAUAAGCAAAGGAAGGAUUCCACCAUGGCCAAGAUCAAGGCACAAAAGGCCGAGGCGGAUAGGUUACUGAAUGCCAAUGGGUUUGGCGCUCUCAAGGGACGUUUGUAA